UUGCAUAUUUGUUGAUUUCGGAUUUGGGCUGAAAGACUAAAUGAUUGAGGCCCAUAACUAAUAAUCUCUACCUCAGGCCCAAUUCAUCUUCUCCCGUCGUAAACCAAAAUCGAAAGCUUCUGCUUCGAUUUCUCCGACGACGGCAACUACAGCCACCUCAACGCUCGCCGGCGACUUCUCUCUCGAAGAUAUAUAUCCAUUUGAUUAUCUUCAUUUUCCGGCGAUUCUCACGACGUCGUUCCUCUCUGGUUUCCCGGCGAAGCUCUCAAACCUCACCAUUUAAAACCUUCGAACAAUAAAUCCCGAAGCUUCUUCUGAUCCCUUGGCGAUUCCUCUGUUCACCAAUCUUCCGAAAAAUCUCAGCAGUUCGAGUUGGUUCGUACACUGGCGCUUCUCACUUCUCUUAAUCCACUGCGUCGUCUAUCUUUCUUUGUGGCUGCCUCAGCAAUGGAGAGUGAUGCUUCUUGUAGCUUGGUUUUAUGUGGGAAGUCCUCUGUGGAAACUGAGAUAGCAAAGCGUCUCAAGGACAAGAACUCACUUAGAUUCCCAGAUGACACCAAAGUUUCAAUCUUUUUAGAAUCUGAGGCUAAGCAUUUGGUUAAAGAUGAUGAUGAUGCUUUCAAUCUGUCACUCUUUAUGAAUUCUAUUAUAACUCAUCGGUUUGGGCGGUUUCUCGUUUGGUCUCCACGCUUGUCGUCCACUCACGAUGUUGUUUCUCAUAACUUCUCUGAGCUUCCAGUUGGUUCAGUUUGUGUCACAGAUAUUCAGUUUAAAGGUCGAGGCAGAACAAAGAAUGUAUGGGAAUCUCCAAAGGGUUGUCUUAUGUUUUCUUUUAGUCUAGAUAUGGAAGAUGGUCGUGUUGUGCCUUUGGUACAGUAUGUGGUAUCUCUUGCUGUAACCGAGGCAGUCAAAGAUGUUUGUGACAAGAAAGGUUUGCCGUACAUUGAUGUUAAGAUUAAAUGGCCGAAUGAUCUCUACUUGGAUGGCCUUAAGGUUGGAGGCAUUUUGUGUACUUCGACAUAUAGAUCAAAGAAGUUUCAUAUCCUUCUCGCAGGUGUGGGGUUGAAUGUGGACAACGAGCAACCAACCACAUGCUUAAAUGCUGGACUAAAAGAAAUGUCACCUGCGCCAAACUUACUUAAAAGAGAAGAAAUUCUUGGUGGUUUUUUUCAUAAAUUUGAAACAUUCUUUGAUCUAUUCAUGGAACAAGGUUUUAAAUCUCUCGAGGAGCUUUACUACAGAACAUGGUUACACAGUGAGCAAAGAGUGAUUGUUGAAGAAAAAGUAGAGAACCAAGUUGUUCAAAAUGUUGUGACUAUCCAGGGUUUGACAUCUUCGGGGUAUUUGCUUGCUAUUGGAGAUGACAAUCAAAUGUAUGAGCUUCACCCUGAUGGCAAUAGUUUCGACUUUUUCAAAGGUCUUGUUCGAAGAAAAAUAUGAUCCAAAAAUAUCUUCGUGCUGCAUCUUAUGGUGGAAGUAUGUGUUGUGUUUUAGUACCAUGGACACAACUUAUACUGGUUUCAAAUUUUCGAACAUAAAGUUAGUAAACAAGAUAUCUAAAAAUAUCUUUAUUUGUUAUGCA